AUGCAGAGUGAAGGAGCAAAUGGUAAUGCAACCAGUAAUUUCUUAGCUGAUAUUACAAGACAUUUGUUUGAGAAGUUCUUGUUAUUGCAGAUCCUGGUUGUAAUUUUUCUCUAUGUAAACUGUUUAAUGAUAUUGACAAUUAUGAAAAAAGAGGCAUUUAGAAAUGAAACUAGAUAUAUUUUGUUUGCACAAACCCUAUUUGUUGACACUGCUUUUAUAUUUCAAGCUAACUUGCUUGUUAUUGAGGUUACUUUCCAGUAUCCUGUGAACAUAUUUAUCUGUAGUCUUUUUUUACUAUUUCAAAAUGUUUUGAUCUGCUGUACACCACUAACUUUGGUCGCAAUGUGUCUGGAACGCUAUGUGGCUAUAUGCAUGCCUUUGAGACAUGCUGAAAUUUCCACUCAUAGGACCAGAUUAUAUGGGAUUUUUAUCAUAUGGAUUAUAAGUUUUAUUAUUCCAGCAUUUGUUUUUAUAGGCUAUUGGGCAGCAGCCCCACCUGCUGCUUUUUUCUCCUCUGCUGUGUGUAGUGCAGAGACGAUGAUAACUAAAGAUUGGCAGGGACAUGGUCGUGCUGUAAUGUAUGUUAUCCUUUUUCUUUUUUUGGCGAUUAUUACUAUCUUCACCUACAUCAGGAUAAUGAUUGCAGCCAGAGCUGCUUCUUCUGAGAAAAAAAAAUCUACCAAUAAGAGUCUUAGAACAGUGCUGCUUCAUGGUGUUCAGCUGUUUCUGUGCAUGAUGCAAUUAUUUAACCCAUAUAUAGAAAUGGCAUAUUGGAAGGUUGAAGAAUUAACUUUUAGGAAUGUAAGAUAUUCGAAUUUUAUUGUCUUCUUGUUUGCACCACGCAGCCUUAGUCCACUGGUUUAUGGCGUUCGAGAUGAAAAAUUCUGUAUUGUUUUAAAGCAUUAUGCUUUGUGUGGUACUGCCUGCCUUUUUUCAGCUAAGAACCGCGACGACAGUAUCGCACGAUCCAUAGUUCAAACUCUCGCUGAGGAGUAG